AGCACUAAUACUUAUAAGUAAGUGGAAUCCCUUAUCUUUGGAGAAAAGGAAAAGGAAGAGAAAAAUGGGGAAUGGUGAGGAAAUUAGAAAGGGUCCAUGGAAUGAAGAUGAAGAUGUUAAACUAGCUAUGUAUGUGAAGUUGUUUGGGGAUCGCAGAUGGGACUUCAUAGCUAAAGUUUCAGGUUUGAAGGUGGAGGGAGACAUGUAAACCUAAUAGGUUUGAAAAGAAGUGGAAAGAGCUGCAGAUUGCGUUGGAUUAAUUAUCUACACCCUGGUCUUAAGGGUGGCAAGAUGACUCCCCAAGAACAGCUCCUUGUUCUUCAACUUCACUCCAAAUGGGGAAAUAGGUGGUCAAGAAUUGCUAGUAAUCUGCCGGGUCGAACUGAUAACGAGAUAAAAAAUUACUGGAGGACUCAUACGAGGAAGAAAGCACAGGAAAGGAAGCGUGCUACCUCUUCAUAUUCGAAGAGCAUACAACAGACUGAAACAGAGUGUUCCAUGGAAAACGAUAACAUAAGCGGCUGCAGCAGCAACAAGAACUUGAUCAUUAGUACUGAUCUGAUGACUGUGGCUCCUAUGUGGGAAUGGGACUCAUUAUGGAACAUGGAUUGGGAAGAGAUAAACAAGGCAUUCACUCCUCAUGUAAUAAUUAAUCCAGCAACUAAUUUCUGCAGGUUAUGAGCAACAAACAACAAGAAGAAAGAAACAAUUUCAAAUGUUUUGUCAUCUCCUGUGUCCUGUCCUAAGGAAACAUUGUUUAUUAUUAUUAAGGGGAAGAAACAAUAAUGUUUGAUCACUUGUUUUGGUGGUGUUUCUGCAUUUGGUAUGGAAUAUUAACCACAUUAAUUCGCAUUAUUAACAAGAUAUCUUUAUAGCAUCAUUAAUCCUUUCAUACAUUGUAUAUGUUUCUUUUCCAUUAUUAAUCUUUAAACAAUAAUCAAACAAGGUCAUA